AUGGCUAACUUUAUGGUUUUUCACACUCAAAUAGCCUCCAUCAUGGAGAUGCUAGCGAAUUCAGCCGUUGCAGAUAUAUGUAAACUCAUAGACGAUGACUAUGCAGUUUUUCGUUUGGAAAUAACUCAAAGCCAGAAAGAAAACAGGGCAUUGCAGAGGAAACUACAUAUACUGGAAAUUAAUGUGGCACGGGAGCGCGCAGAGAAGACAACGCAGGAGCGCGUGCUCGCCAGUCGUCCCAGUAGUGUCCUCGACCGAUACAGAGGAAUGGCAAGAGGUGAAGGACAUCUCACAGGAGGCCACAGGACCUUUGCAAAGCCAGCAGGACACAACACGUGGAGAGAUGACCAACCCAUAGCAAUAGAUGAGGGGAGUGGAACCUCAACCCAGCAUGAUAUCGUGAUAGAGUCUGCAGAGGCUGUGGGUCCUGGGGUUCUGCAGGAGAGGCCUGAAGGAGAGGAGGACCCAAGACACAGAAGAGACAUCCAGACUGGAGAGUCUGGAGCGCCCCCUGAAGCCAUGGAAGACCUCAUCUCCGCCGCACCCAUUCCCAGGACCCAACACAGCAUCACAGAGGAGGAGGAGGGUCCAGAGUUGCUGUUGGUGAAGGAGGAGGGGUGUGAGGAGGGUCUGGGGAACCCUGAGGGGACCAUGGUCAUGGAGGACAACCAGACCACACCUCCUCCUGAACCCACAGAGGAACCAGUUGAGCAGAACAGGACCACACACAGUCUCACUGAGUCAGUAGACAUGGAGGAUGGGAAGCCUGAUCUGCUGCUGGUCAAAGAGGAGACGAUAGAGGACGGACCAGAGAGCAUUGAUCUGCUGAGUGGACUAAAGAUGGGGGAGCAAGGUGGUUGGCUGGAGGCUAACAGAGGAGACUGGGUGGCCAUCUUAGAUUCCCAGACCCAGACGGGUGCAGCCAAGGGCCCAGGGGAUGACAUCACUGAGCAGGCCAGGACCAGAGGCGACAUAGUGGAGCCUGCAGUCCAUGUGGACAGACUGAUAUCCAGUGUUGCUGGUGGGAGAGACUGGACCUCUGAAGCAGCUAGUCACAAACCUUGGCCCCGGAUCAGAACCAUGGAUCAGGAGCCGUCGCUCCAACCAGGACCCAACCACGAGGGACGGAGACUCCACCACCACACAGAACACAAUCAGUGGACAGGUGGACUGAACAACCUCAGUCCUGGUGGUCAUCGGAGAGACAGAGGCUCCAGUCAGGGAUCCAGUCUGCAGCCCAGACCCUUCUCUUCACAGUCUCAGUGCAGGGAUGGAGCAGGGCCUGGGGCUGAUAGAGAUAGACCCUCCUGUUCUUAUGAUACAAACACCACAGUAUCCAUGAUGAAUAGAGCAGGUCACCCUGGGCUGCAGCCUUCAUGGAGAGUGGUGGGAGACCCCACUGGUGGUAGUCUUUCAGGAAGUCUGUCUUCUCCUUCAGAAUCUCAUCUACUGCCUGGUGAAUGGGUUCAUAGAAGACCUGGACCUGGGUCUAGCCUUCCUCAGUUACCUCAUGGUUACCCCACCAAUACAGACAGGGUCAGGAUGGGCGUUCACCACAAGAGGUACUUAGCCUAUAACACAGCACACAAUCCCAACAACACCCAAACAAUGGCUAGAGGUCAAGGAGGGAGCUCAAAGACUAACCACCUGAGGGUGGUGGCUCCUGCUUCUACCUCCUCUGACGUCAUUGGGUCACAACAUGGGAAGUCGAGCAUUAGGACGGACUCCGACAAGCCGUAUGCCUGCCCCACGUGUGGGAAGCGCUUCACUGAGGCGACUUAUGUGAAGAGGCACCAGACCGUUCACACCAAGGAGAGGCCCUUCAAGUGCAAACUAUGUUACAAGAGCUUCUCCUUCCUGAGUAACCUUAUCAGACAUAGGAGUAUUCACAAUGGGGAGAAAUCAUAGCAGUGUGGCUUGAGAUGUACACAGGGGAUAUCUGUGAACUAUUCUUUAGCUGACAUAUUAUAGGUAUCAUGUGAAGUGAUCUGGGGUAAGAGGGUUUUUUGGUGAUUACUAAAUCCCUCAGUUGAGCAUCUGGGUGUGCUCACAUUCUCAGAUGAUAGACUUGUUGUUUGGUGUGCUGGCAUAGCCAAAAUACUGUCAUUGAAGUGUAACUAUAUUCCCCCUAUGAAUUUAUCUUUGUCUAUGUUCUAUUCAUAACAAAUAUAAUGUCCCUCUUCUUUAUAACACCCACUACCCCAAAACAUUUGACAUAAUCAGGUGGUACCUAUUCCUUUAUGUACUAUAAAUAGGGGAUCAAAUCUGUUAAUAAAUACAAAUUAAUGUUG